GUCUGUUCAAAACGAGGACCCAACACCACAGGAUGGUUGGGAACAAAGAGUACGUUGCAAUAUUUUGCUCAAGCCAUCUGGGCGCAAGCGUCUGAGGACCCCCGCAGUUCGCCGGGCAGGGUGGCAAGAGGUGCCCCCCCGCGAUGACGUCCCUGGUGCCCGUUUUGUGUGGUCUUCUCUUUCUGGCGGCGGUGGCGGUGGAGGUCACGGAUGCGGACUGGGAGAGGGAAACCUCGGGCAAGGUCGUCUUGGUGAAGUUCUACACCACGGAUUGUUCCCAUUGCAAGACGUUGCAGCCGCACUGGGAGCGGUUGACCGCGCAUUGGCAUUCAGAAGGCCGAUUUCGGGACGAGACGAAGCUUGUCGAGGUCAAUUGCGACAAGGGCGCUGGCACGGGGCGCCUCUGCUCCCAGCACGGCAAGGCGGGCUUCCCCACCAUCAAGUGGGGUAACCCCAACGACUUGGACGAUGUCUCCAUCCCGCGUCGGGCGUUCGAGGAACUGAAGAACUUCACCGACGAGAACCUGAAGCCCCUUUGCGGCAUCGACAGACCAGGCGCCUGCGACGAGAAGCAGGCGGCCAUGCUGGCCAGGAUCCAGGGCCUCGACGAUGCGGAGCUCAAGCGCAAGAUAUCGGCCGCGGAAGAGAAGAUCAAGGCGGCCCUGGCUGAUUUCGACAAGGGCGAGAAGAAGCUGCAGGCCAAUUACCGCAGGGACACUGAGAAGCACGGAGGGAAGGGCAACGUGCCCGAGGGAAAGUUGCGGGCCAUGCGCUCGGACUUCGAAUUUCACCAUUCCGAGAUCCGCCGGAAGAAGGAGAAGGCCGUUUAUGAGGUGAAGGAGUCUGGUCUCCGCCUGGCGAUGGCCGUCCUAUCCGACAGGGAGAAGAAGAGGGCGAUGAAGGACGAGUUCUGAGCUGCGUGCAUGCAGGACCUCAGAGCGUUGCAGCGCGCGCGUUCUUGUUGCCCGCCUUCAUGUCGCACAGUUGCUUUUUGAGCGAUCCCGAAUCAAUGGGAGCCGAGGGGCCGUGUUGUGAAGAACGCGUUCGUCUUUGCAUUCGUGAUCGCAUGCGUUUUCCCCGCUAUACCCCCGUCAUCUGUCUGGUAAUGGACAGCACUGGUGCGCAUGUUGGGCGUAAGAGUAUUGUCCACGUGUGCAAGGACAUCCGCGCUUAUCGCGUCGUGCCCGGGCUGCGCGGAAUGAGACCCAGGCUGCGCGGAUUGAAUGCCCGCUGGAGGCGGCACGAAAGUCCAGACAGAAGAGGUGUCCGAAACAGUUAUGAAUGUGUCCCCUUCUCUGGUUCAGGACAGAAGGGCGCCCAGUCACUCCUCCCGCGUUGAGGAUGGCAAGGAGGACAGGGGCGGAGCAGGA